AUGAGGCAAGAUGGCUUCUCCGGUGGGGGUGGGUUCGUCGCGGCGUACCGGGCGGAGGAAUCGGGCGUCGGCUUCGAUUACAAUACAGCCCGCCGUCGCGUAGGUGGGACGACGGUACACGCGCACGACGAGGAGACUUCGAUGAUAACGCGACGCACGCUGGGAAUCAUCCUGUUGGGCACCAUCGCGUGGCUGAUUUCUCCGGGGAUGAAUGCCCCGAAGGCGGCAGCCGAGGAUGCCGAACCGGCCCACUUCCAUCAUGUCCGACUGAACGUGACCGACGCCAAAGACUCGAUGCGGUUCUACCGUCGGGUGUUCGGCGCGGUGCCGGUGAAGUUCCGCAACGCGAGCGAUGGUUUGUUUGUCGAGCGGUCGUUCAUUCUCUUUAACGAGGUCGACGACGCCCCCGAUCCAACGCUCAACACCGGCAUAUGGCACAUUGGUUGGGGUGGGGUCGAUGUGAAGAACGAAUACGAAUGGUGGCUACGACACGGGGUCGAUAUCCACACCCGGCUCUCACCGCUGCCGGGCAACGACAAUUACUACAUGUACAUCAACGGGCCCGACAAGGAACUCAUCGAGAUCAACACGAUGGGGCACCACCGUUUCGGCCAUGUACAUUUUUUCUGCGACGAUGUGAACGAAACGGUGGCCUGGUACAGCAAACACCUGGGAAUCAAACCCCGCGUGCCGGUGCGCCCCAAGCCAACUGGCGACCCCAACACGUUGGCCGGCAUCUGGAUGAACAGCAUUCAGUGCGACAACGUGAAUAUGAUCUUCUUCGGCAAGCCCGACUACGAAGAAUCGCCCACCUGGUGGCCCGACCCUCCGUUGAAGGACAUUCAACCGACCGACAAUCGUCCCAUCGAUCACAUCGCGUUCUCGUAUCGCGAUAUCGACCCGGUGUUCGAGCGAAUGAAGGCCGACGGUGUGGAGAUCGUCGCCCCGCCGGAGUUCAAUGAAGAACUCAAGAUGCGCAGCUUCUUCGUCCGUGGGCCCAACAACGUGUUGAUCGAAGUGGUCGAGGCCAAGCCAAUCCCAGAAGGACAGGUGUGGACCCCGCUCGAGGCCUGUGUGGGGCCCUGGUCGCCGCAGCACUUGCACGCCGGCCCUGUGGCCGCACUCUGCGUGAGCGUCGGUGAAGAACUUCAGCCGGGGGACGAUGUGGUGACCACAAGGUUGACGCUCGAUCUAUUGCGCCCGGUGACUCGCUCGCCGAUUGUGGUGAAAACUUCCACGGUGAAAAUGGGCCGCCGCGUAGGGCUGCACCAACUCGAUCUGAUCCAGGAAGACAAACUCACGGCCACCGCCCGCGUGCAGCGAACGCAGGAGAUGGAGGUCUCGCUUCCGCAACUUCAAGGCACGGGGCUCGAACUCGCCCCGCCGGGUGAUACGCCGGAUGACUUCACCCCAUUGACCCAACAACCCGACGGCCGACCCAUGGCGCCCUUUCUGCAAUGCUGCGACUUGCGGAUGCGGGUCGAAGGUGCAUUUUUUCGCCCCGUGCCUUCCGAAGCGUGGCUUCACGUGCAUGCCGACCUCCUCGAGGGUGUGCCGCUUUCGACCACUGCCGCGGUUGCUGCGGCAGCCGACUGUGGAAACGCCCUGGGGGCCCCGGUCGCUCUGGACAACCCACCGAUGUUGUUCGCCAACGCCGACUUGACGAUCCACUUGGCACGCUCGCCAGAGACCGCCUGGGUGAGGAUGGCCCCCAUCAGCACCUGGCUCGAUCAUGGAAUCGGGCAGACCUGCUGCGCUUUGAGCGACGCCCGUGGUAUGCUAGGGACUUCGGUGGUAACCCUCCCGCUGGCGAAUCGUCCCGGCUGCACGAUCAAAUCCCUCAGAGCUCUGACGAUCCUCUUCAGCGUGGGCGUCGCCGUCUGCGUGGCAACGCUCGAUUCUCCUGCGGUGGCGAAAGACAAGGCCGAAUUCAAAGUCGGUGUGGCCGCUCGCGAUAUCACCCCGCCCACGGGCAUCCCCAUGUGGGGCUAUGGCGAUCGUCACGCUGACUUGUCGGAGGGAGUGCUCGACCCGUUGUAUGCCAAGGCCGUGGUGAUUCAGGCCGGCGACGACAAGCUGGCCCUGGUCGGCCUCGAUAUCGGGCGUGGUCCGACCAUCGAGAUGAUGAAGCUCAUCCGCAAGGAACUCUCCGAGAAGGCGGGCAUCGAGAAUGUAAUGAUCUCCGGCAGCCACACCCAUCACGGCCCCGUGAUUGAGCUGACCGACAAAGAAGGCUACGGCAAAGGCAAGUUCGACAAAGCCGUGGAGUAUGCCGAACAGUUCCCGCAUACGUUGAUCGAGGUCAUCCUCGAGGCCGAUGCCGCCCUGCAGCCGGCGAAGAUGGGCGUGGGCACGAAGAAUGUCGCUUUGAAUCGCAAUCGUCACACCAAGCGGCUCCCGAAAGCCACGGAUCCCAUGCUGGCCGUCAUGCGGUUCGACGACAUGGAGGGUAAUCCGAUUGGGAUUCUGGUGAACUUCGCCGCACACCCCACGUCGAUCGAUUCGAACAUUCUGAAGUACUCGGCCGACUACGUCGGUUCGAUGCACAACACCGUGGAGGAGAAGCUCGGCACCACCAGCGUCUUCAUGCAGGGAGCCGCCGGCGACCAAUCGUCGAACUCGCCCCAGGGUGUCAGCGGGUAUGAAGCCUUCGGCGAGGUCCUGGGCAACGAAGUAGUCGAGAUUGCCAACGGCAUUGAAACCAGCGUGCCCGAGGAACCUACGCUCAAAGGCAAGGUCGAUUACUUCACGUUCCCCUCGCGAAUCGACUUCAGCAAUCCUUGGAUUCGCGUGGCCUUUGGUCGAGCCUUCUUCCCAGAGUUGGUGGCCAACUUUGGCGAUGAGAUGGAAGACGGAGUGCAGACCGAACUCAACACGGUGAUCCUCAAUGGCAACAUUGCCCUGGUGGGCGGAUCGGGUGAGUUCUUCUGCAACCACAGCAACCGCUUGAAGGAGCGAAGCUACCUCGAUCACACGCUGUUCUUUGGCUACUGCAACGGCCACAACCUGUACUUCCCCACGAUCGAGGCCGUCUCCGAAGGCGGCUACGGGGCCGACCCUCCGGUAUCGCCCGUGGAAAUUGGCGCCGGCGAACAGCUGAUGAACCAGGCCCUGAUCAACAUCUAUUCGAUGAUUGGUAAGCUUGUUGCACCAGAGAAUCCCGCCGCCGGGACCGCCGGCAAGUAA